CGUCAACUUGUAGUACAAUUACCACAUGUUUCAUUCAUUAAGUUCACGUGUAUUAAUGGUUAAGUUUUCUCAAUUAAAAAAAUAAAUAUAAAAAUAAAUAUGAAAUUAAAAACGAAAUCAAGAAAGAAGAAUGAAUUGUGUGAUAAUAACGAUGAUAAUAGUAAUGAAGAAAAUAUCAUUGACGUUUCUGCAUGGAGUGCACUUGGUACACCAAAGGAAAUAAUAAAAGCAUUAUCAGAUGAAAAAUUUUAUACACCUACAACAAUACAAUCAUUAACAUUGCCACCAGCAAUAUUUGGACAAAGGGAUAUUCUUGGUGCUGCUGAAACUGGCAGUGGUAAAACCUUAGCAUUUGGUAUUCCUAUUUUAAAUGGUAUCUUAGAAUUAAAGAAGAAACAUUUAAAAAAGAAACAAGAUGAUCAAUUGGAUAAUGAAAGUGAUGAGGAAGAAUUGGAACAUUCCAAUGAUGAAGAUUCUGAUGGGAAUGAGAGUUCUGAAGAAAGUGAGGAAGAAAUAGAAGAAAAUUUUGAUAAUGUUGAAGGCAUUGGAUGUGUACGUGUGAUACACAAUGUCAAAAUGAUGGAUGAAGAAAAAACAAGUACUUCACAUAAACCACUUUAUGCAUUGAUAUUAACACCAACGAGAGAAUUAGCUAUUCAAGUAAAAGAUCAUCUUGUUAAAGCAGCUAAAUAUACUGAUAUUAAAAUUGCAGUUGUAGUUGGUGGCAUGGCUGCUGUUAAACAAGAAAGACUUUUAAGUAAAGGUCCUGAAAUAGUAAUUGCAACUCCUGGAAGAUUAUGGGAAUUGAUUCAGCUUGGUAAUGAACACCUAAAUCAAUUGAGUUCUAUUAAAUAUUUGGCUAUCGAUGAAACUGACAGAAUGUUAGAAAAAGGACAUUUUCAAGAAUUGCAAGAAAUAAUAGAAAGAAUUAAUAGAAAUGAAAAGAAAGCGCAUAAAAGAAAAACUUAUGUGUUUUCUGCUACGUUAACAAUGGUUCAUGAUAUUCCUGAUUAUUUACUAAGGAAAAAGAAAAGAAGUGAAAAAAGUAAAAUAUUCAAAUUAACGCCUGGUCAAAAAUUACAAAAGAUUAUUGACAUGUUGAAUAUAAAAAAUCCCAAAAUUGUCGACAUUACCAGAUCAACUGGUACUGCUACGAAUUUGACGGAAUCGAGAAUUGCAUGUACAUUUGAUCAUAAAGAUUAUUAUCUUUAUUAUUUUUUAAAAAGACACAGUGGACGAACUUUAGUAUUUUGUAACAGUAUCGGUUGUGUCAAACGUUUGGCAACACUUUUUAAUAUAUUAGAAUGUAAUCCUUUACCUUUACAUGCUAACAUGCAACAAAGGCAACGUUUAAAAAAUCUUGAAAGAUUCCAGGAUGAUGAGAAUGGAUUAUUAAUAGCAACAGAUGUAGCUGCUAGAGGAUUAGAUAUUCCUAGUAUUGAACAUGUAAUACAUUACCAAGUUCCAAGGACAUCUGAGAGUUACGUUCAUAGAAGUGGUAGAACUUCACGAGCUGGUAAAGAAGGAAUAACAGUUCUCAUGAUGGAACCAUCAGAGAAACAAAAUUAUAGCAAAUUGUGCCAAACUUUGGGUCGAACUGAAGAUAUACCUACAUUUCCAGUGAUAGAUAGACUGUUAAUGGCUGUAAAAGAAAGGGUUGAUAUUGCUAGAGAAAUUGAUAGUUUAGAAUUGAAAUGUAAACGAAAUAAUGUGCACAAAGGGUGGUUACAAAAAGCUGUAGAAGAUAUGGAUAUUAUCUUAGAUGAAGAUCAGCUUGAAACAACGAUGGAAUCAAAAGAAAUGGCUGAUCUGCGACGUUCGUUAAAAGCAAAAAGAAAUAAAUUAACGUCACUUUUAUCAAAGCCAUUAUUUCCUCGAGGAUUUUCUGGAAAAUAUCCUGACACUAAUAUUGAUUACAAUUUAAUAAAUCAAGCCAAUUCAAAGGCAGUCGAUGUAAUGAAACAAGUUAUGAAAGAGAAUCCGAAGAAACGAAAAACUAUGGCCGAUUCUAUGAAGAAGCAAAAGCCGAUGAAGAAGAAAAAAAUAAAAGUAUAGAAUUACAAAUGUAUACAUGUAUAAUGUACAAAGGAUUA